CAAGCAGAAGACGGCAUACGAUCAUUGCGGAGCACUACGUUAUUUCGUGCCAUUAAUUUCGAGUUGUACGUCAAACCGAACAAAACCAUUAUGAUAUUUGGUAUUAUAGCAAUGUUGGGCUGUUCGGGAUAUAUAUUUUAUAUGAAUUCUAAUCAGAAGAAGAAUGAUUAUCAUGCUAUGGUUAAAUCGGACGAAACAGUGGUAUUGGUGAAAAAAGCUUCCAAGUGGACUGAUUAAGUAAGAAAUU